AUGGUUGACGAGGUUGUCACGACUCGCGCGCUUUGCCACAAACAACGCCAAACAGCUGCGGCCUACAAGUGUCCACUGACACGGUUCGUGUACAUCCGGUCAUGUGGCGACUGUACCCCAGCGCAUAAACACAAGCCACGAGGUCUGCUUGGGGCAUCGCUUGAAGCGAAUCGCUAGGGAAGCCUAGCUACACCCCACCGCGUGCGAUGAAAGACUGGGCAGCUCGCGUUUGUCACUGCCAGCGAGAAUAAUCCGUGUCUUCAAUAUGAUGCCCCCGUCGGCGAGAGCCAAGGCGAACGCGGCUGUGCUUCAUGCCGAAACUUUGGUCGUUGAAAAAGUCUCAAGAGCGAACAAGAUACUUCGUUGUUUUGAAGGCGUUGGAUUGUUUUAACUUACAUUCGUGC